AGCCACCCGCGGCUCCGCUCGCCCAGUCCGGCCGCUCCAGUCCGGAUCUCUCCGCCUCCCGACCCGGGUGCGAGUUUCAGCAGCUGGAGAGGAGGCGGCAGCGGCUGGCCCGGGUUCCCCUCUGCCGCCUCGUCAGCCCGAGGUUGGCGGGGAGAGAGCGGCAGGGCAGCCCCUGGAGCCCCUCCGAGGACAAUGCACCCGGCGCUGGGCCACCCUCGCGCGCUCUCGUCCGCGCCCGCCUCCUUUCCGCCGCCCCCCGCCGCCGCCCGGCUACAGCCCCUCUUCCUCCGGGGGGGCUCCUCCCGCGGCCGGAGAGGCUCGGGAGACAGCAGCACCAGCACCAGCACCAGCCGCGGGGGGGGCGGCGGCAGACGCGGCGGGGGCGGCGGCUCCCCGAGCAGCAGCACAGGCGCGGAGCGAGAGGACGACGACGAGAGCAUUAGCAUCAGCAAGCCACUGGUGCCCGCCGCCGCGGCGCUCCCGGGGCCCCCGGCUCAGGGGGGCGUCCCAGCCUCCGCCACCGCGCCCGCCGCCGCCUCCUCCACUUCCACGCCCACCUCCUCCUGCAGCAUGACCGCCGCGGACUUCGGCGCGGGCGCCGCGGCCGGCACCGUCGGGGGCCCCGGGAGCCGCUCGGCGGCGGGCGCAGGCGGCACCGGGACCGGCAGCGCCGCCUCCUGCUGCUCGUGCUGCUGUUGCUGCUGCGGCCGCCCCUCUCGCUCGGGCCGCCGGGGUCGGCGCCGGGGCUGCUCCCCAAGUCCCGGGUGCCGCUGGGGCUACCAGGCGCUGUCUGUGGUGCUGCUGCUGGCGCAGGGCGGUCUGCUGGACCUGUACCUCAUCGCUGUCACUGACCUGUACUGGUGCUCCUGGAUCGCCACCGACCUGGUGGUGGUGGUGGGCUGGGCCAUCUUCUUCGCCAAGAACAGCCGGGGCCGUCGGGGCGGCCCAGCGAACAGCACGCACAACCAUCACCAGCUCCACCACCACUCGGCUCCGCCUCUGCACCUCUCCGCUGCGGCGUCGGCGGGGGCCGGGGCCAAGGCCCGCGGGGGCCGAGGAGGUUCAGGCGGCUCGGGGACCGGGCCGGGAACGGCUGGGGCAGCGGGCGAGUUCGCCUUUGCGUACCUGGCCUGGCUCAUCUACUCCAUCGCUUUCACUCCUAAGGUUGUGCUCAUCCUGGGCACAUCCAUCCUGGACCUCAUCGAGCUGCGCGCGCCCUUUGGCACCACGGGCUUUCGCCUUACCAUGGCGCUGUCGGUGCCGCUGCUCUACAGCCUAGUGCGUGCCAUCAGCGAGGCGGGCGCGCCCCCGGGCUCGGCGGGCCCCCUGCUCCUGCAGCCACAGCAGCAUCGCGCCGCCGGCUGCUUCCUGGGCACGUGUCUGGACCUGCUGGACAGCUUCACGCUGGUGGAGCUGAUGCUGGACGGCCGCGUGCCGCUUCCGGCGCACUUGCGCUACCUGCUCAUCGCCGUCUACUUCCUCACUCUUGCCUCCCCAGUGCUCUGGCUGUACGAGCUGAACACCGCAGUGGCAGCUCCGUCCUGGGGCCAGGCCUCCGGGCCUGGAAGCUGCAGCCGCCUUUUGCGUUUGCUGGGCGGCUGCCUGGUGGACGUGCCCUUGCUGGCGCUGCGCAGCCUCCUGGUCGUGAGCUACCAACAGCCGCUGUCCAUCUUCAUGCUCAAGAACCUCUUUUUCCUUGGCUGCCGUGGCCUGGAGGCCUUGGAGGGCUGCUGGGACCGGGGGAGUUGGGUAUCCCCAAGUCGGGCCAGAAGCAGCUAUGGUGCUCCUCCCUCCGCCCCUCCACCACCUCCUCCACCACCACCUCAGGGAGGCUCCCAGCGGGGCCACUUGGAAAAUGAAGGGGGCCCUCAUGGCUAUGUCAACACUCUAGCUGUGGCCUCUCAGAAUUGAAGCAGUGAAGGGUCGGGGCCCUGAUCUUGGCUUUAGGGUUUCCGGCCCCCUUGGCUGUAUUUUAGAGGUAACUGUUGAUGAGGCUGAAGGCCCAUGGGUAGAGACUUCUUGGAGGGAGAACAGCAAUAUAUCGUGAGGAAGAAGGGCCCAUGUUCAUCACGGUCUUCCCUGUCCCGACAUACAAGGGAUUGGAUCCAUGUGCACCUGCUUUUCUUGUCCUGAUUCCUAUCCUGUGGUGGUGGGGGAUGGAGGAAAGGGGUUCAGGCAGGGAUAGUGAGCUGCUUCGGUAGGGGUGUGCGUGUGCGUGUGCGUGUGCGUGUGCGUGUGUAGUUUAGUGUAUUUUCUGGGUGUCAGUCCCAUGCCCCUUGCAGUGGGAAGGAGAUCUACAGAGGCCUUGCUUCACAACACGCAUACCACCAUGCUUUCAUGCCUGAAUUGAUGUCCACGGUCCCCCAGGAGUUGCUUGGUUGCUGUACUCCAAGGGAGAAGCUCACCCAGGGUCUUCCUCCCCCUGCUCCUCUCUGCUCAGCUGGGGGAGGAGCACCUCUAGGUGGAAGGAGCAAACACCACCCUUUCUUGGGUGAGCGCGUAUUUCUACCUCUGUGCUUCCGUUUCCAGCGCAUCGCACACUGAUGCUGCUUGCAAAAAAAAAAAAAAAAUUAAGUUAAACACUCAGAAGUUGCGUUCAACAGGGCCACUGGAUCCCCUUGGGGUUUGGUGCCAGAUAUUACAGGGUCUGUGGAGUAUCAGCCAUUGGCUUGCUCUCCCUUGGUUCCUCCCUCUGCACCAGAAUAAUAAGCCUUCCUGGGUUGGUGCUGGCCGGGUUGGAUUGGGUCCAGAGCAACUGCUUUUGUGGGUUCAAAUGUAUGAGGUCAGGCCUCUUAGGAACCCAGGGGAGCAGCACCUGCUCCUUUAGAAAGCUUGGCACAGAGCAGAGAGGGAGUGACCUUUCACCCCCCCCUCUGCUUCAGGUCUCAUCGGGGAGAAAGCACACUGCAGAACCCUCCUGCUUAGCCUUCCCCAACAGGGUCCUUCCUGAGAGGCUGUCCUUAGGAUUGUCCUUCAAGGGAAGUCAGGGUUGGCUCCUGCAGGCUUCACGAGGGAUGUCAUUCUUGGAGUCUUUAAGGCAGGAUAUGUAUCCUGAGGGCAGUCUAGGUUCAGCAGGCACAGGGAGCCAGGCCAGGAUAUACUCACCCCCACAAUGGGACUAGGUGGGGGAGGAAAAAAACUUAAGAAUUUUGGUUCCCCUUCUGUUUUGGGAGUUUUAUGUGCCGUAACGAACCUAGACAAGGGACCAGGAAGAAAUGAUCUGUAGUCCUGUCUGUUAUCUGCUAGGUUUGAAUGCCAUACCAUUUUACUGUUUAGGCCUCUAGGGCAGUAUUCUUUGAGUUCCGGUCUAGGGUAGUAUUGAGCUCUGGUCUUUCUGGGGCUUGAAAAUGCUGCAUUAAAGGUAGCUAGAGGAAGAGCUCUCCAGGUGGACUUGAGGAAGGCUCUGUGUCUAUACUGUGUCUGGCCUUGGGCUGCGAGAUCUGAGGGGAGGUUUGCCAACUAGGUUGGAGGACAGGCAUUGCAGAGUCCUCUAAGCCUGAAGCACAGUGGCAGGCCCAAAGCGCCAAGUCACUGACUACUAACUCAGCAGCCAGGCCCAAGUCCCUCAUCCCCUUUGACUCUCUUAGGACCUUCUGAGAACACAAGGGCUGCAUGGGGCCCCUCUUAUUCAACUGCCUGGGGCGUUGGACUGAGGAUAUCUGUGUGGACAGAAGCAUGGGAGUCUGAGCUGGAACGCUAGUGGGCCUGACUGUCCAGCUAGCGUGGGCCGUGUGGAGGAUGUUUACAGUCUACACUCUAUGCUCCUGUUCUCUCAACCUCAGCCAGUGCUGACUAGCUGCUUCUCACAGUGAGCCUGCCUUUUCUCCUCUCCCUGGCUGCCCGGAUGGAGGUUGUGGCUACUCCCGGUGUUCUGAUUGUUUUUCAGCUUUGCUGUGUUUCUUGCUACCUAAUUUCAAUGACUGUGAAAAGAAAUUAUCUCUGAGCCAUGGCCGGCUCUGGCUGGCCCCCAACCCACCCUCUUUCUACUGUUUGGAUAGCUGUCCCUCUACUGUGGGACCGCUGUCUGCUGCCGAGAGACUGCCACUGGAUUUAGGACAGAAGGCUGACAUAUCUCUGGUACAUCGAGAGGCAUGGUCACUUGUGAGAGAGGCCAGGACUGCUGAGGGCCUAGGGAAGGCCCAGCACAUGUCCAGCAUGUCAACAUGUCUUCUGUGAGUACUCUGACUCAGGGCUGGUCCCUUUCCCUGGGGUAUUUAUUUUGGGUCUUUUCAGUCACUCCCCUGUUCCAUGCACAUGUGACCUAUUAUUAAGGCCUAUUUGUUUCUUCUCUUGCUUUCUAGGGUAUCUGUAGAUAGGGAUCAGACUUGAGAUGUCCCCAAAAUGUUACGAUCGGAAUAGUACACUAUCCUAAGGUUUAUUCCCGAAGAACGGAUCAUGGAAAAGAAGUCUAGGCUCAGAAUUUAGCCUUGUCGACUCCUAGCCUCUGAGCAAGGAAGCAGAGGGCCUAGUACCUGGGCGUCGAAUGGUACCUGUCUUUUAAACACAAGUUGAUUACUUUGUAGUGCUGAGGACUUAACCCACGCCUCAAGCAUGCUUGGCAAACACUGGUCAGCCUGCUGAGCGACACCCCCAACCCUUAAGUCUUAUUCAGUCUGUUCUCUCUCUAAAGGCUUGUACCCCUCCUUCUAAAAAUUUCUUUGAGUCGGUGCCUCCCAGGGCUGGCUUAGAAUUUUGGGGUUUAGGAACCCUCUUUAGCCUCUGCUUCAUCCAACUAAGACUAUUCUUGUUAAACAUGCCCUGGGAAGUAGCCGGGUAUGGGGGUGCAGGGCUGGGGAUUAGAGCCCAGAAGAGAGAGAGAAGCAACACCUCACAGCAUUCAUCACAUUCCCCCCUCUUUUUAAAAAUAAAACCAGACUCUGUUCUGAAAAUAAAAACUUGAGACUUGUGACAAGC